UAAAACACUCUACAAAUAAAAGGACAUUGUUGUAUCGUACUGUGUAUUAAAUGUUUUCUCAUCGACUUCUUGAUCCAAAAUUUGUUUUUUCCGAAAGUACUCCUUGAUCAUUUUAUGUUCCAUUAUUUUGGUAUGGUAAAUAAUAAAUAAACAAAUAUGCUUAAAAAACCCCCAAAAAGUCGAAACUAAAUUUUAGUAUUUUUAUUAUUAAACAAAAUAAAUCGAAACUGAUAAAAAGGCACUUCAACUUUUCUCUCAAUUUUUCUUGCAGCACCUGCUCAGAAGAGAAAAAAAAAAAAAAAAAACAACCGCGCAAUUGCGAGAAGAGGAGAGAUAAUUGAACUAACAAAAAUGGCGGAUAACAAAGACGCACCAUCCUCAGCUAAACCACCGCCGGCGCCACCUUCUACGUCGUCGUCAUCGCAACGCCCGACGAUAACCCUACCUUCUAGAGCCGGGAUCGAGUCGUUGUUCACCGGGUCAGGAAUCGGGCUCAGCCCUGGCCCGAUGACACUGGUGUCGAAUUUCUUCUCCGAGAACGAUCCUGAUUCCGACUGCCGCUCCUUCUCUCAGCUUCUAGCUGGUGCUAUGGCUUCCCCUCGACCGCCUUCUGAACCGGACCAGCUCCGGUUUAAGGAUAAUCGCCCUUCCGUUUUGGUCAUUUCUCCGCCGCCUCAACCGCCGUCACAGCAAGGCGGCGCCGGAGGUGGAGGGUUUUUUAUGCUUUCUCCUGGGAUUAGUCCGGCUACUUUGCUCGAUUCGCCUGGUUUAUUUCCGGGACAGGGCCCAUUCGGGAUGUCUCACCAGCAGGCAUUAGCUCAGGUUACUGCACAAGCUGUGCAGGCCCAAGCUAAUUUGCAUAUGCAAGGUGGCUUUCAAUCUUCAUUAGCAUUAGGUCCUUCAGCAUCAGAGCCAUUCCCAGGUUUUGCCCCCGAUUCAUCAAUGCAAAAGAAUAUAACAUCUUCUGCACAUGAUUCCAGAGAUAUUAAGGAGUCAGCCCAAGUUUCUGGCUCUGAUCAAAGAUCACAAUAUUCAUCAAUCAUUGUUGAUAAGCCUGCUGAUGAUGGCUACAACUGGAGGAAAUAUGGACAGAAGCAAGUCAAAGGAAGUGAGUAUCCACGAAGUUAUUACAAAUGCACACACGCUGGUUGUCCUGUCAAGAAAAAAGUGGAGCGUUCUCUUGAUGGCCAAGUGACUGAGAUUAUCUACAAGGGUCAGCACAAUCAUCAGCCACCACAAAAACGGUCAAAGGACAGUGGAAAUAAUAAUGAAAAUCUGGGAACUCAAGGAAACCCAGAAUCUGUUUCGCAGCCACAAGCUAGUAACUUGAAUAGCACUAGUGACAGUAUGGCUUACUCGUUGCAUAAAAGAGAUCAAGAAUCUAGCCAAGCUACAACAGAGCAAUUAUCUAGUGAUGAAGAGGAAGUGGGCAAUGGUGGAACUAGAGAAGCCGAAGGGGAUGAAGAUGAACCUAAUGCUAAGAGAAGGAUUACUGAAGUCCGAGUUACAGAGCAAGCAGCUUCACAUAGGACAGUUACAGAACCCAGAAUUAUUGUUCAAACAACUAGUGAAGUUGAUCUUCUGGAUGAUGGUUAUAGGUGGCGCAAGUAUGGACAGAAAGUUGUCAAAGGCAAUCCAUAUCCAAGGAGUUAUUAUAAAUGCACUUAUGCAGGAUGCAAUGUGCGUAAGCAUGUAGAACGUGCAGCCUCAGACCCUAAAGCAGUCAUUACAACUUAUGAAGGCAAGCAUGACCAUGAUGUACCAGCUGCUAGAAUGAGUAGCCACAAUACAGCUAACAGCUCAUCACAACUGAGACCACACAAUUCAGCAGUUAAUACCAAUUCUUAUGCUGGUAAGACAGAAUUUACAAAUACUCAUCAACAACCUGUAGCACUUCUAAGGUUAAAAGAAGAAAGAAUUACAUAGACUUAAGUGUCAAAAGAAAUUAUUUAAGAGUCAAGAUACAGAUACAGAUGUCUGUCAGUAUGUUGGAUACUCUAUUCUUUCUUUGAAUCUGCUUGGCCAGAAUUUUAUCUUGGCCCAGGGACCUUGCAACUGAUACACACAGGAAAGAGCCAAGUAUACAAGCGAUAGAGAACAUUGUUGAAAAUUUGAAAUCAAGAAUCUCAUAAAUAUCCGGGAAAUAUUUAUGUUUUUAUUGUAUUUGUUAAUAACUUUGUUGUAUGUGUAGAUUAUGUACACUAGUCUAGUACCUAAUUAUUUUGAGUUUUUGACAUGUAUUCUUUUGUACAUGGGAAAACAAAGAAUUGUACCACUUGUUCAUUUAUAUAGGAAAAAUAAAAAAAAUUGGGUUACUGCCUCUUGUUCCUCUUC